AUGGCAAAGCACAGCAGCUACUGUCGAGGGUUCCAGCAGUGUAGUAACAGAUAUGAUAAAGCGAAGCCCUUUGAUGAAAUACCAGGGCCUAAAGGACUACCCUAUAUUGGUACAAUGUUGAAGUAUAGGAAAGGACCAUUUGGUAAAUACAACAUAGAUAGAUAUCAGGAAUCAGUGGUAGACUUGUAUCAAAGAUAUGGAAAGAUUUGCAAAGAAACUAUUGCAGGGAGGACUAUUGUACAUUUAUUUGAUCCAGAUUAUAUUCGAACAGUCUUUCAAACGGAAGGAAAAACCCCGCAUGUGGCUCCGCUGAUGGAAACAACACAGCUAUAUAGAAAACAGAGAGGAUUUUCGCCAGGACUUGGUAACACAAAUGGUGAAGAGUGGUAUAAAUUACGUAGCGCAGUUCAGCAAAUGAUGAUGCGACCUAAAGCUGUCACAGUGUAUCUGCCAUUUGUUACUGAAGUUGCAGAUGAUUUCAUCAAGCGAUUAAAAGAGAUACGUGAUAAAAGUGGUCAUGUGAAAAAUCUUAGGAAUGAAAUUUCAAAAUGGAAUAUGGUAUCUGCAGCAAUGACGGUAUUUGAGGAGCGACUGCACUGUUUGUCGAGUGGUCCAGACUCGGAGGUACAGAAGAUGAUUGAUGCUAACUCAGAUAUGUUUACAUUGUCAGCAAAGAUGAAAUUCCAGCUUCCAUUGUAUAAAAUGUUCGAGACUCCGACAUGGAAGAAAUUGUGCAUGGCUGAGGAGUGUGUAUACAAGAUAAGUGAAAGAUAUCUAAAUGAGGCUAUAUCUCGUAUCAGUAACCUGGCCAGAAAUAAUGAACUUGAAGAGGGACAGUAUAAUUUUUUGACAUAUUUGCUCGGAAGACCAGAAUUAGACAACAGAGAUGUUACCAUCAUUUCCCUGUCCUUGUUUGGAGAUGGACUUAGUACAACAUCACCAACACUAGCCAGCAACAUCUACUGUCUCGGUAGGUUUCAAGAUGCUCAAGAAAAGGUAUACCAAGAAAUUCAGAGAGUUGUUCCCCCUGGAUCACAGAUAACUGCAGAAAUGAUCAACAAAAUGUCUUACCUUAAAGCAUUUGUGAAGGAGGCAUUCAGAUUUUUCCCAAUAGGUCUUGAUGUAGCAAGAAUACCUCAACAAAAUCUCACAAUAGGAGGUUAUCAGGUCCCAGCAGGGACACGUGUAGAGUUGAAUAAUUUUGUGAUGUUUAAUGACCCACAGUAUUUUGAUGAACCGGAAGAAUUCAAGGCUGAGAGAUGGUUAAGGGAUGGUUCUGCUCAGAAUAUACACCCAUAUAUCCUUACACCAUUUGGUCAUGGACCAAGGAUGUGUGCAGGGAGGAGAUUUGCAGAACAAGAGAUGUACGUUGUGAUAAUUAAGUUGCUACAAAACUUUCGGUUAGAAUGGACACAUUCAGAUCUUGGGCAGAAGUAUCAAAUACUUAUGGUUCCCAAUGCUCCUAUAGAUGUUACUUUACAUAACAGGACAUAGCCAGGUGCCAGCAAUACCUCAUUUGAUGCCAGCUCUUCAUUUGAGGUUACUUUCUAGGUUGUGUUCAAAAUUUCAAAAUGAUUUUGAAGAAAAUAUAGUCCACCAGACUAGGACCUUACCUGCAGAGCUUUACUGUAAUAUAUCAUUUUAGGCAUUUGGAAGAUUUACAGUUAGGUUUAUUACUUGUAUUUGUCUCUGAAAGGGUAAUACCGAGGUUCUCAACACUUUAGUCAUUGGAUUAACUGGCUAUUGGCUUAAUUGACAAAAAGUAAAUCACUGAAUCUGAUAGAAAUGGAACUAAACACAAAUCCUGUAAUUCUGAUCUGUACCCCAAUAGUGCAUUGACAUACAGUAAAACACUGAUCACUCUUAACCCUUACCCUGCUAAAUUUCUAUAAUGAACUUGUUCAUCUUUCAAUCUGGACAGUAGCAUUAACUGUUAAAAAGGAUGCAUACCAAAAAGAUACUAACUGAAUGGCGAACAGUGCAGAUCAUGAUCAGACUGCACGCAAAGGCAGAAUUAGUCAUGUCCAGCACGAUAAGGGUUAAUCACAAUGCUCCAUUCAGGGAUUUGAGGGAUCUAAACAUAGAAUAUAUAAUGAAAUGGCGAAGGGCCACACAAGGUUAUUGUACUUAAGCUAUCGAUGCUCCAGCAAGCAGUGUUCUUCUGUACAGGUAUGAUGCAAUAACAAAGAAUGAAGUUAUCCUUGGGGAAGUUUAUACACUGAAUAAAGUUUUGAGCAACUCGGUCCUAAUGUAUAACAAAUAUGAAAUGUUAUAAAAUGUCUAUUAAAUAUCAAAUGUUAGAAAUCAGUAUUAGUCUGCUUCAUAUUUUACAUGUUGUAAUGCAAAGUUUUAUAUAUAUUAUUACUGUGUUACUAUAAUAAACUAACCCGCCCACUUAGCUCAAUAGGGAGAGCGCCGAUCUAUGGAUCACGGGGUUUCGAGUCAAUCCUAGGGCGGGCUGUAUGUUCUCUGUGACGAUUUGAUAAAACACGUUGUGUCUUUCACCUCUAAUUCAUGUUGAGGAAGUUGGCAGUUACUUGUGCAGAACAGGUUUAUAUAACAAGUUUAAAAAUGCUCUUAAGUAUAAUCUCAAGCCCUGGAGCUUAGAAAUUUGCCAUGUAGCAUUUUGUAAUGGUGCUGUACAAAGUUUGUUGAAAUUAUUUACCCCGAUGAGCAGUACAGGGCAAUCAUGGCCUUCCAGUGUGAAAAUCUGAAUUCUGAAAAUUAUGAUGUAAAUAUGGGGGUACUCGGACCUUUUCCAGAAAGUAGUUAUUAAAAAUCGACACCUAAUUUUAUGUAAAAAAGCUUUGAAUUCAUUCAGAUGUUACCAGUAUUUUGUAUUUGCUUAUAUUCUAGCAUAAAACUGCUGUUAUUGCCACUUUUCGGAGGUGUUUUAACAGGAGAGAAAACGUGUGUUAACAGAGAGAUUCUCGCGCUCACGUGCUGUUAUAACACCUUUUUAUAUAUGCGCGUUCCGUGGCAAAGCGUUAACGUAUUACGGCCCCAAAACGGAUAAUUCAAAAGGAAAUGACGUCAACGUGAAUAAAAAACGUAGACUUUACCGCGCAUUUCAUGGAAAUUCAAUGACGUUGAGGGACAAUAUAUUCAUUUACCUGGUUUUCACGCAUUUUAUGCUAGAAUAGCGUUAGUGCAUAUUCUUUUCGUGUUAUAACAUCUUCAGAAUCCCUCGGGUACCAACCAGUCCCUCGGAAUUCUGCAGAUGUUAUAACACAAAAAAACAUGCGUUAUCCCUACAUUUAUGCUGCUUUAUAUUCAAAAUCUUGAAUUUUCCACAUUUUUAAAUGAUUCCAAAUUGGAUCUUUUUGUCAGAUAUUAUCACAUGGUGAUUUGUUCAGCCAUUUGAUUGUUAAUAUAAUUUUUCAUAAUCAGGAGUAUAUGUUGUUAUGUUGAAUUUUAUCAAUCAGUUAUAUGUAUUAUGUUGAAUUUUACCAAUCAGUAGUAUGUAUUAUGUUGAAUUUUACCUAUCGGUUGUAUGUAUUAUCAGGAAGGUCUAAUACGGGGAGUAGAAACUCCGUAUAAAUCAAUACAUUUAUCUGUAUUAUGCUGUCGUCCAUACCUGUAAAUAUCGACCAGUCGUUAGCGAUCGAUAUUUUGUUUUCGCCACUAUCGAUUAGCGUGUAAUUAGCAUUUUUACUUCAUGUUAAUCAUGGAGCUAUAACACUUCUUGUUCAAAGGGUUUACCAGUCACAUGUUAAGUGGCGAUAAUUAGAUGAUCAGAGAUUGAUCUAAAGGGAUUCUGAAGCAAAAACAGCAUGCGACUGCAUGUGGUGAUAUGCUUAAUUAUUAUGAAUUAACUCGAGCUCACUUCCCUGAAGAAAUAUUUUACCACGUAACUUCAAACCUUUAUCAAAGGGCCGAUUUUUGUUGGAUUUGAAUAAAAAAAAUGGAAAAUAACAGAAAGCUGACACUUUUCUUAAUCUUGUAGAGCCAUAAUUAUAAUUAUUGUUUAUAAUGUCAGAUUUCUACAUACAGAAACAAACAUUCUUCUUGAACGUAGGGAAUGUUUCAAACGAAAUUGUUGUUUAAACUCCAAAAAUUAGUUGAAUAAAUUUAAUCUUAAAACUGAUGUGUGAAAAAUACAAUGUAUUUAAAUUAAAAUAACAAUAUUUUUUUUAAAAGGCCGACAACGAAGUUACAUUUAGUAUUCCGAACUUUUAGAUAAAACUGCAGAAAAUCAUCUAGGUUUAACACGCAUUUAAAUGGUGAAGAACAGAGCAAUAUCAUAAACAAAUAUUUUCAUGCAACAGUUUACAGUUUUGACUUGCUAUUUUCAUUAAAAUAUGUCCUAAUUUUUUUGUUCUAAAUACUCUGAAUCAACAAGGCAAAUAUCAUGUAAAAAACGACAUCUUUCUCUCUGGGUAAGACAAGUCUAGAUAUAGCCAUUUUCACAGGGCGAAAAGUAACAUUAAUGUAGAUAUUUUCCAUUUAAAAACAGAUGCAGGCAAUAAUUUCAUGGCAGAACUUUUGUUUUCAACAAAAAAUUCAACAAAUGCUUUCCCAGAUUUUCACUGAAAGGACGAGUUAAACUGUAAGGCGUAAGUGUUUGAGUAAUAGCAGAAUAACCUACGGCAUACGGUUCGAUUGGACGACAGCAUAAGAUAAGAUAAAUGCCGGUUUCCAGUCCCCGUAUCAGUUGUUCCAGGUAUUAUGUUGAAUUUUACUAAUCAGUUGUAUGUAUCAUGUUGAAUUUCACCAGUCAGUUGUGUUUACUAUGUUGAAUUUUACUAUUAACCAACAUUGCUGAGGAUAAUUUUUUAGCCUGUGGAUAAAUCCCAAGUUUUAAAAGUUCGGGAGUAAAUUGGAAAAUAUGAAAAAAGUCUUGGAUAAAUAAGGUGUUGAUAGCUUGACAUUGUCGGUUAGAUCCUGCACAAUAUGAUAUAUGAUGGCUUUGGCUGAAACAGACUUUUCAGUCCAGGGGAAGUUCACAAUCCCCUGUUGUUUCUUUGAUUUGAAGCCAUAAUAUUUAUACAUCUAAAAAUCUGAAAAAAAAAAGAAAUCAACAAAUAGACACUCGAUAAUUGCACUUAUAAAAUUUUCUGUCUCCAUUGUAACUGACACCACUAUAAGAAUACUAUUGCAUUUAAGUAUUUGGAGUAGCAGUCCAAUAAUUUUUGGAAGUGAAAAUUAGCUUUUCAGAUAUUUAAAGAAUGUUUUGCAUAAAUCCUGAAGCGUGGGCAUUAAUUGUAUGCAAAUUCUGUGCAUAUUCCAGUUUUUCCUUAGAGUAAAAUAUGCAGAUACACAUCUUAUUUGGAGCACUGCCAACCAAUAGUAUAUUAUGUUGAAUUUUACUUACCAUUUGCUUGUUUUAUAUUUAAUUUUGCCAUUGAUACAGUGAUUCAUUCAACUGUUUUUUUCUAAACAAGCUCAUUUAAACAUUUUUGUUAGUUCAGGUAGAAGAAAUUGUCAGUAUUUUCUAGACAUACAGCCCGUCUGGAUGUACAUUCCAUGUUUGUAUGCAUACUGUGAAAUCAUUAAUAUUCGUGGGGGACUAAUUUUCGUGGAUUUCGUGGUUGAGUCAAUCCACGAAAUUUAAUCCAAAUGAACAAGUAUAAUUCCCAUUCAUUUUAUGUUCAAAAGUUGAAAUCCACGAAUUCAUAUCCCCAAGAAAUUGCCGUUUUGACCAAAACCAUGAAAUUUCAUGCCCAUGAAAUUAAAUGAUUUUACAGUAUAUAUAUGUCUUCCUGAUAUUUAUCAAAUGCUUCAUAUCAUGUAAGUGAAAUUAUGUCGUUAUGUGAUUUGGUAUUACACUUGUGUAGUAAACAUUCUGACAUCAUUGUUGUUUUAAGUAUAGGAGACUUUGGUCAAACUAACUUUGUCUAUAACAGGUAAAGAAAGAAGAAAUUUUGAUGUCUCUGCUAAAAAAACUCAGAUGAUAAAAAGAAUAUUACAUUAAAAAAAUGUGCCUUUCCACAUUGAAUUUAUUAAAACUCAAAAAAGUGUAAUAAUUCAGUAUCUGGGUAGUAUCAUCUGCUGUAAUGACCUUUCUUAAUAGAAAUAUGUGCUCAAAGAAGCUUUUGGAUUUCCAAAAUGUGCAACAAUGACCUGAACUUGAUAGAGGUCACAUGGGCAAACUGUGUGAAUGAUAUUUCAGUCUUAAAUGUAAAACAAACAAAUUUUCUUAUUUUAUGUCUUUUCAAUGGUUUUUACCAAAACCAGUUUUACCCAAUUUAUGUCAUGCACAUUCAAUUUAAUUUGGACAGCCUCACAAAUGAAUCAGUUAUGUCACAAUGUUAAUGUUGGAAAAAAUGUUGAAUAAUUUCUUUAACAUUUUGAUAUGGUGGAGAACAUUUCAUUAUGUUUUAGUAGGUAUCAAUAUAAUUAUUAUGUUUUAGUAGGUAUUAAAUAUUUUGGAAAAAAGAAAUCUGAACAUUUUUAUGCUCCCCGAAGGGCGAGCAUAUAGUUGCCGCUUUGUCCGUCCGUCAGUCACACUUUUGUCCUGAGUAUAAUUUGAAAAGUAUUUAUAAAUGGCAUUUAAUUGAAACUCCACAUAAUCAUAGAGGCCGUUGAGAUAAAGUGCAGUGUCAAAGAAUCAUAACCUUAACUUACCUAGUUUUUGAAUUAUCUGCCUUUUUUAUACAAAAUAACGCUUGUCUGGAGCAUUACUUGAAAAGUAUUAAUGGUAUUUCAUUGAAACUUCACAUAAUCAUAGAGGCCAUUGACGGGAAGUGCAGAGUCAAAGAACCAUAUUUCUACCUUACCUAGUUUUUGAAUUAUCUCCCU